AUGUAUUCCGAACUUCGACCAGAUAAUGGGAUAAGGCUCACCAAUGUGGCUCCACUUCGACGAUGGAUCAAGUCUCUAAAAACACCCGAAUCGAUUGCUCAACAUGUAGAUGUCUUUGAACAAGAUCUUUGUGAAUUGGUCAAAAACUUAAAAGAAUUUACUUUUCUCGAUAUUUGUGGCAAAAUUCAUUAUGAAAAAGUUGAACCCUAUCGUUUAAUGGUUCAAGCUCGCUUUCCUAAUAGUCGAAUAGAUGUUGAAAUAUCAAGAUUUCGUCUUUGGCUUUAA